AUGGCUGUCACCAUUGAAGAGCUUGACGCGACGGUCAAGACUUUCUAUGAAGGUCGUGGUGAGGCUCAAAAAGCCGCACAGGCUGCAAUGAAUCAGUUCAAGGAAGAUCCAGAUGCAUGGUUAUUAGUUGAUAAGAUAUUACAAGAGUCUACAUAUCCGCAAGCCAAAUAUUUGGGUUUGCAAGUUCUGGAUCAUGUUAUCAUGACGAGGUGGAAGGUUUUGCCUAGAGAGCAGUGCCAAGGUAUUCGAAAUUUCGUCGUUGGUUUCAUCAUACAAUGCUCCGGCUCGGAAGAAUCUCUCAGAAACCAGAGAGUCCUCUUGAAUAAAUUGAACCUCGUCCUCGUUUCCAUUCUCAAGCAAGAAUGGCCUCACAACUGGCCCACUUUCAUCAACGAGAUCAUAUCCUCCUGCCAUACCAGUUUGUCGAUAUGCGAGAACAACAUGUCGAUUUUGAGGUUAUUAUCGGAGGAGGUGUUUGACUACUCGGCGGACCAAAUGACUUCUGCCAAGACCAAGAACUUGAAGACGACGAUGUGUGCAGAGUUCUCAUCCAUCUUUCAGCUCUGCAACGAAGUUCUGAAUAGCGCCACCCAAGAGAGCUUGAUCAAGGCUACUCUCGAAACCCUUCUUCGAUUCUUUAACUGGAUCCCCCUUGGCUAUAUUUUCGAGACGACAGUUAUCGACACUCUCAGAGAGAGGUUUUUGGAGAUGCCCGAAUUCAGAAAUGUCACAUUAAAGUGUUUGACCGAGAUUGGCGGACUCCAGACCGGCACGGGGAACAACUACGAUGAGAAGUUGGUCCAGAUGUUCACCGAAGUUUUAACCACAAUCUCCAAGAUUAUUCCCUUAACUCUUGACCUCAAGAGCACCUAUAACUCUAGCAACUCCAAGGACCAAGAAUUUAUCCAGAAUCUGGCACUUUUCUUGUGCAACUUUUUUACCUACCACCUUACCCUCAUAGAGAAUCUUCCGAAUCGUGAUUUCCUUACCCAUGGCCACUUCUACCUGAUCCGAAUCUCCCAAAUUGAGGACCGAGAAAUCUUCAAGAUUUGUUUAGAAUACUGGACGAAACUUGUUCAAGAGUUGUACGAUGAACAACAGUCACUACCCAUGGGUGACGUCAACCCACUCGUUGGCAUGGGCGUUGGCGGUAUUUCAAGUCCCGGUGCACCAAACCCAAGUUUACUCGCCAAUUACCCUCUCCGAAAACACAAGUACAAUGAAGUGCUCUCGAACUUGCGAGUGGUCAUGAUUGAGAAGAUGGUCAGACCUGAGGAAGUGUUGAUUGUUGAGAACGAUGAGGGUGAGAUUGUUCGCGAAUUCGUCAAGGAGAGCGACACCAUCCAAUUGUACAAAACCACCCGAGAGUGCUUGGUUUAUCUCACCCAUUUGGAUGUAGUCGACACUGAGAAUAUUAUGACUGAGAAGUUAUCUCGACAGGUUGAUGGUACCGAAUGGUCCUGGGCCAAUUGUAAUACUCUGUGCUGGGCUAUUGGAUCCAUCUCUCUUGCCAUGAACGAAGAGACUGAGAAGCGCUUCUUAGUUACCGUCAUCAAGGACCUACUCGGCUUGACUGAAAUGAAACGAGGCAAGGACAACAAAGCUGUGGUUGCCAGUAAUAUCAUGUACAUCGUUGGUCAAUAUCCACGGUUUUUGAAGGCUCACUGGAAAUUUUUGAAGACGGUCGUCAACAAAUUGUUCGAGUUCAUGCACGAGUCCCACGAGGGUGUUCAAGAUAUGGCUUGUGAUACUUUCAUCAAGAUCGCCAGACAGUGCAAGCGUCACUUUGUUGCUUUGCAACCUGGUGAGUCUGAACCGUUCAUCGAAGAAAUUGUUAGGACGAUGCGCAAGAUCACUUGUGACCUAUCCCCUCAACAAGUACACACUUUCUACGAGGCUUGUGGUUAUAUGAUUGCAGCUCAACCACAAAAGAAUGCACAAGAAAGACUCAUUGCUGAGUUGAUGUCAUAUCCAAAUGCUGCCUGGGACGCCAUUAUUUCUCAAGCAACCACCAACCCGCAAAUCCUCCAAGAUGCAGACACCAUCAAGGUCAUUGGUAAUGUUAUGAAGACUAAUGUAUCUGCUUGCUCUUCGAUCGGAAGUUACUUCUACCCUCAAAUUGGGCGUAUCUACCUCGAUAUGUUGUCCAUGUACAAGGCUACCAGCACAAUGAUUUCUGAAGCAGUUGCCAAUGAUGGUGAAAUCGCUACCAAGAUGCCUAGGGUCCGAGGCUUGAGAACCAUCAAGAAAGAAAUUCUUAAGCUCAUCGAAACCUAUGUUGAGAAGUCCGAUGAUCUUGAGAUGGUUCGCAACAACAUCGUUCCAGCUCUCCUCGAAGCCGUCCUCGUCGAUUACAACCGCAACGUUCCAGGGGCCCGUGAUGCCGAGGUCCUCAAGGUUAUGUCCGUAAUCAUAACCAAGCUUUCUGGCCUUAUGGAAGAUCAAGUCCCAAAUAUCAUGUCGAAUGUUUUCGAGUGCACUUUGGAAAUGAUCAACAAGGAUUUCUCCGAAUUCCCAGAGCAUCGUGUCGAGUUCUUCAGUCUACUUCGCGCAAUCAACCUACACUGCUUCCCUGCACUUCUCAAGCUCGAUAAUCGGCAAUUCAAGUUCGUCAUCGAUUCUUGCAUGUGGGCUAGCAAGCACGACAACCGUGAAGUCGAAUAUGCUGGUCUUAUGAUGUGCCUGGAGUUGAUUACCAACAUUGCAGAGACUGAUCCCGCCACUUCUAAUGCAUUCUUCCAGCAAUUCUUCGUUCCCAUUCUCCAGGAUGUGUUCUUUGUACUCACCGAUACUGACCACAAAGCUGGAUUCAAGUCACAAGCAACCUUGUUGGCACGAAUGUUCUACUUGGUCCACCCAGCCGAUGGUUCCGCACCAAAGAUUCAAGGGCCAAUCUACGUUCAGGAUCAAGCACCACCACAAACGAGCAACAAAGAUUUCCUUACAAACUUUGUGGCUACUUUGUUGCAGAAUGCAUUCCCAAAUCUCCAAGUACCUCAAAUCCAGAGCUUUGUUGAGGGUCUUUUCACUUAUAACCAUUCUGCGGAUCGAUUCAGACUUAACCUACGUGAUUUCUUGAUCUCGUUGAAGGAGUUUGCUGGAGACAAUGCAGAGCUUUAUGCCGAGGAGAAAGAGACAGCCGAAAGAGAUGCCAAGGCCGCAGAACGUGAACGUCUAUCCAAGGUUGGAGGACUUAUCAAGCCCGCAGAACUUGAUGAUGAGGAUGAGUUGUGA